AUGCAUACCCUUUCAGUUCUGCUCGCUCUCGCUCCCGUGUCCGCCCUGGCCCAGUCUCCCGUCUGGGGACAGUGUGGUGGUAUUGGUUGGACCGGUGCUACAACUUGCCAAAGUGGUCUCACGUGUCAAAAGAUCAACGACUAUUACUCUCAGUGUGUUCCAGGAUCUGGAGGAUCUGAUCCCCCGCCCUCUUCAACAACCCAGGGUGGUACCACUCAACCUACUAGUGGCGCUGGCGGCACUGGCCUUGACGCCAAGUUCAAGGCCAAGGGUAAGCAGUACUUCGGUACUGAGAUCGACUACUACCACCUGAGCAACACUGCCCUGAUCAACAUUGUCAAGGCCCAGUUUGGCCAAGUGACGUGCGAGAACAGCAUGAAAUGGGAUGCCAUUGAGCCCUCGCGUAACUCCUUCAGCUUCGGCAACGCUGAUCAGGUUGUCAACUUCGCCACUCAGAACAACAAGCUGAUCCGUGGCCACACUCUCCUCUGGCACUCCCAGCUGCCUCAGUGGGUCCAAAACAUCAACGACCGCGCCACCCUCACCUCGGUCAUUCAGAACCACGUGACUACCAUGGUCACCCGCUAUAAGGGCAAGAUCCUCCAGUGGGAUGUCGUCAACGAGAUCUUCGCCGAGGACGGCAACCUCCGCGACAGUGUCUUCAGCCGAGUUCUUGGCGAGGACUUUGUUGGCAUUGCUUUCCGCGCUGCCCGCGCCGCCGACCCCAAUGCCAAGCUCUACAUCAACGACUAUAACCUCGACAUUGCCAACUACGCUAAGGUGACCAACGGCAUGGUCGCUCAUGUCAACAAGUGGCUUGCUGCCGGAAUUCCCAUCGAUGGCAUUGGUUCUCAGUGCCAUCUUGCUGCUCCUGGUGGCUGGAACCCAGCUUCUGGCGUCCCCAAUGCUCUCAAAGCCCUUGCUGCCUCAAACGUCAAGGAGAUUGCUAUUACUGAGCUUGAUAUUGCCGGUGCCAGUGCUAGCGAUUACCUUACUGUCAUGAACGGUUGCCUUGCUGUUUCCAAGUGUGUAGGCAUCACCGUCUGGGGUGUCUCUGACAAGGAUUCGUGGCGAGCUAGUGAUAACCCUCUCCUGUACGACACCAACUACCAGCCUAAGGCUGCUUUCAAUGCCUUGGUCAACGCUCUGUAA